AGCACAGAAAGCCAGGGUUUCCUCCCACUCCGUCCCACACGGGCUGUGCAGGCGCCAGAUCAAACGCCUUGCUCUCCUCUGAGUGAGUACAACCCCGUGGACUCUGCAGAGACAGAGACAGAGACAGACGAGACAGAAGGCAGAAGAAAACGGAGUGUGAAUUCAGUAUGGAGGUCGCAGGGGACGACGACGACUACUACUACCACGAAAACAUCAGCUUCAACUUCAGCUAUGACGACUAUCCCGCCUUGUGCGAGAAAGCCGACAUCCGCUCCUUCGCCGCCAUCUUCCUCCCCGUCGUGUACGCGGUGUGUCUGGUGGUGGGAGUGGCGGGGAACGCCCUGGUGGUGACGGUGUACGCCUACCACAAACGCCUGAAGACCAUGAUGGACGCCUUCCUGACCCACCUGGCUGUGGCCGACCUGCUCCUGCUCUUCACGCUGCCGUUCUGGGCCGCGGAUGCCGCUCGGGGCUGGGAGCUGGGGGAGCUGGUCUGUAAGACGGUGUCAACCUGCUACACGGUGAACUUCACCUGCUGCAUGCUGCUGCUGGCGUGCAUCAGCCUGGACCGACACCUGGCCUUUGCCAGGGCACAAGAGAGAGACCAGGGGAGUUGGUUGCAAAGGAUGUUUCAUAGGAGACACUGUUGGAAGGUGUGUGUGGUUGUCUGGGCAACAGCUUUAAUGCUCGGUCUUCCUGAUUUGAUCCUCUCAGAAGUGAGGUGGGGAUCUAACAGGAACAUGUGCAUGGCUGUGUACCCUUCAUCUAUGGCUCGAGGAGUCAAAGCCACUCUGGAGACAGUGGAGGUGUUGCUGGGAUUCCUGCUUCCUCUCAUCGUUAUGGUGAUCUGUUACUGGAACGUGGCCCGAGUGCUAAAGAGCCUCCCGGUUGAAAGCAGAGGCAGGAAGUGGAAAGCUCUGCGCGUUCUUCUCAUAGUAGUCGGAGUGUUUGUGAUCACACAGCUGCCUUACAACGUUGUGAAGGUCUAUCGCAUGAUGGACUCCGUCUACGCUUUAGUGUCCCACUGUGGGACGAGUAAAGUGCUGGACACGGCGGCUCAGGUGACAGAGAGCCUGGCGCUCACUCACUGCUGCCUCAACCCCAUCCUCUACGCCUUCGUGGGGACGUCGUUCAGGCAGCACAUGACCAAACUGGCCAAGAGGUUUGGAGAGAGGAGGAGGAGGAGGAGGAGAGAGAAUCCUGCAGAGGAGGAAGGGAUGGAGAUGUCGUUUAACUCUCACAGUGCAUCUCAAGCAACAGACACGUUCUCAAUAUGAGUUACACUGAGUGUCACUUAUUAAGUAUAUACUGAAGUAGCAUGAGCACGUACAAGUAAUCUGUGAUUUUGUUGUGAAAAAUAGGAGGUGUUAACUGUUCAGUCUUCUAAUCUUGAGUUUUAUAAAAGUUUCCAGUAACAAAUAAAUGUUUUUUUUGUCAUUAAAUUAGAUUAUUGGACAAAUGAAGUUUACAGGAGGACGUUAAUAAACACAUGCUGAAAUAAUCCAGUAAAGACAAAGUUUCACUGGACAUUGAAGCUAAAUCACAGAA